CUGGAGAAAACAAGCAUGAUCGGCUGCCUGUUAUUUUACGCUCUGUAUCCGCUAUCCCGUUACUUGCUUAGACGACCCUGGGCUGUCAAUGGCAUGUUGGUGUGUGAGAGUGCUGCUGCCACAAGUCCGAUGUUCAAGUCUCCGAAAAUUCCGCCGGGACAACAGCUCAGCCAAAGCAAUUUGUCAACAGGACAAAAGGAGAAAAAGGAGAGCGUACAAUUAUCCGGUAAGGAAGACAAGAGCUCCGAUAAAGAAAACAAGACACCAGAUGGAAAACGGGAGCUACCUGUCAGUUCCAAACACACCAAGAUGGAGGCACCUUCAAACAUGAGUGAGGCCCGAUAUGCAGUGACAGGGAACGACUCAAAGGGAGAAGAAGAUAAAAAAGAAGAAGAAGAAGAAGAAGUUGGGCAAAUGCACUAUGGACUUAAGCAACCCAACUGUGAAGAAACUGUAGCGAAAGACAAUGACCUACGUGUCAUCUGUUUUAUGGGGGCUCUUGCGAGGAUGGAAAGCUCAGAAGACUCGGGAAAUGCAGCUGUGGGCAUUGAACAACAAACAGAGUACUGGGAUGAAUAUGCUGAUGUAAUGCUCACUGGUGGAACGAAUUCAACUCCAAUGCAGACAUCACUUCUCUCCUGUCCUGAAAAUCAAUGCAAGACACCAAGCGGAUGGCAUUUUCCAGCGGGACCUGGUGGUAGAGAGGAAAUCUUUUGCCCGCGCUGGCAGUUUCCUACUCUGAGCUAUUACCCUUCACUGGAGCAGACAACACCCUUUGAAGUAAUCUGGCGGUUGUGGCAAGACAUUUCAUCAGAGCAAUCCGGCACUGCGGUGCCUUUCACAAAGCCUUUCAUGGACUUGACUGUCAUGUCCUACAACAUCUUGGCCCAGGACCUGCUGGAGACCAACAUGGAGCUCUACGCACACUGCUCUCCAGAGGUACUGGAGUGGAGCAACCGCUGCAGCCUGCUUUUGGAGGACAUACAGAAAUGGAUGCCAGAUAUUCUUUGUCUUCAAGAGGUCCAGGAGAACCACUACCAAACGCAGCUACAUCCUUUCCUGACUCAGAUGGGCUACAACUGUGUCUACAAGCGGCGCACAGGGAACAAGACAGAUGGCUGUGCGACUUGCUAUCGCAGCAGUUGCUUUUCUGAGGUGUCAGUCACACCCAUAGAGUUCUUCAGACCCCAAACUGAACUUCUGGACCGACACAACGUGGGCAUAGUUGUGGUGCUUCAACCUGUUGUCUGUCAGGGGUCCAAGGACAGGAUGAAGGGUUCCCUGCUAUGUGUGGCCAACACACACCUGCUGUUUAAUCCCAGGAGGGGUGAUAUCAAAUUGGCUCAGUUGGCCAUAAUGCUGGCAGAGAUCAACAGUGUGGUCAACUUGUGGAAGGCCAAAGGUGAACACUGUAAUGUUGUUUUGUGCGGGGACUUCAACUCUGUGCCACAUAUGCCUCUUUACCAGUUCAUCACCACUGGGGAGCUCGACUUCCAGGGUGUGCCGGCAUGGAUGGUGUCAGGUCAGAAAGAUCUUUCACACAAAGCCCCGUGUGACAUACUAUGCGCUCCUCUCUGGCCCGCCUGUCUGGGAAUUUCUGACAGCUGUCAGUAUGUCUCUUCCAGUGAGGUGGAUGCAAGCCACAGUCCAGUCACAGGAUCUCCUGCAGGGAGACGUCGCUACAGCCUCGACUCGCUCUUGGAACUGCGCUUUUGUCCACUUUCUUGCGUUCGUCCAUGUGGUUUACCGUUAAUUCCUGGUGUCACUGACAACAAUCCAGGGGCGUCAAGCAGAAAUCAUUCAGCUUUUAGAUUUCAACACAUAAUCAGACACCAAUUAGACCUGGAGUCCACCUAUAAACACAGAUUCCCUCACUCUGGCCACCCAGAAGUCACAACACUGCACUCUGAGGGGGGGUCCACUGUGGACUACAUCUUCUAUUCCCCUGAGCACAUCUCAGAUCAAGCAGGCAAAUUUGGCUGUGAAGGUCUGAAGUUGCUUGGCUAUCUCUCACUGCUUUCUGAGGAAACCUUGUGUUCCAUGAAUGGUCUUCCCAACUACAUAUUCCCAUCUGAUCAUCUCAGUCUUGUGGCUAAAUUCCGGAUGACCUUAAAUGUACCAGCGUGUUAAAAAGAAAAAAAGGCCUUUGGAUAGAAUUUUAUUCAGCGGUUAGUCCUGAAAUUUUGCAGUGUCGGCCUUGUAAAAAUUGCACUCUAUAAAUAAAACAGUUGGGUCAAAAAUAGACCGAUCCACUACUUGGGUCAAUUUGAAGCAAAUUUCUGAGUAGUUUUGGACCAAGCAAUCCAAAAUUUGGCCUCAAUUAUAGAUCAGUCCAAUUUUUACCCAAAUUGACUUAUUUUUGACCCAGUUGUUUUUAGAGUGUGGACAGUGUUGCUCUGUGUUAUUGUUAAAUUAUGCAUGCGCUGACUUGGGUUCGAGUCACAAGAGCAAGGAAGGAACAGUUCAGAAUAUUUCUAUAUAGUGUAGUAUAUACUCAUGACUGUAGAGAUUAUGGUUGCUGUUUACAAGUUGCACAUUUAAUUUAUUUAAUUUGAAGUAUUUCCCCAAAAUGUUAUUGUACUAAGUAAAUUCAUGUUUGUAUUUAUUUUUUUUUCAUUUGCUUUCAUUCAGAUUUGAUUCAGCAAACUGUAAUUACACUUGGGUCUGGAAAUAUUUGACAGAUCUAUGACUGAUUUUGAUACUUUUGCCUCUCUACUGCACAUUUGAAUCAGUGGAGAUGUGAUUCAAGGACUGAUUAGCUGUGGAAGAAUAUUGAGUUUCCAGCAUUUUCCUUCGCAAAGUCUUGUAUAUUUAGGAUGCCGCCAUUGUAUUUGUCACAUAAGCUUAUACCCUUUGGCAUGUGAGCGGUUCCUGCCCUCCAUACUUACCUCUUCCAUUCAUUCAAGUUGGUCUUAGUUUCAUCCGUCAUUCACAUGCACAAAGGUGUCUCAUGAUUGUAAAUUUUUGAUCGACAAACUGUGAUUGGCUGGCAACCAGUUCGGGGUGUGCCCCCCGCUUACUGCCCGAAGACAGCUGAGAUAGAUUCCAGCACGCCCGCAACCCUCGUGAGGGGAAAGCAGUUCAGAUAAUGAACGGAUUAAUAAAAUUAUGGCGUGCUAUGAAGACAAAACCAUAAAAUAUUUGUCAUUGCUCUAAUACCUCUGGAUCUAACUCUGUUGUAACAUAUUCAAGCAUUAUCUAAUCAGAUCAGACAAGCAAAAGUAAGCCUUGAGGACAAAACGGUGACUGUUAAAAAGCAAUCCCUGCUGGGUGUACCAAAGACUAUCUCAUGAAUGUGUACUUCAAUGUGUGUGUGCUAGUUUGACCUAAAUGUUGCUUGCCCCUCCAUCCUAUCCUCAGUGAGGAUAUGUUAGUGUGCAACUUUUUUCAAACCUGGAUCAUUCAGUUGAUUGCAUGCAUUCGUUGACCUCUAUUUGCAGUCCUCAUAAAAAAUGUUUUCAUUAGAAGAAUCAUUCUUAGUGAUUUCCCUUUUGAAUGGUUUCAGAAUGGUAUAAAUCAGUUGUGAGAAAAACUGCUGCAUGUAUUGUAUGCAUUGCUUGUGUGGCAUCUAAUAUGUACAAGGAAGAAAGAAGUGGGUCAGUAGAUUUUUCUUCCUAAUAGGGUGCCGCGUCUGUUUCUCUGUGUCAUAAACACUGUUCGAGUGUUUGGCAUCUUGAGACCAUAAGAAUGGAGGUUAGAGAUUUGUUUAUUGAAGCUUGCUCUUUUUUUUUUUUA